CCUCUGAAUUCUUUCCUCGUUUUGUUUUGAAUUUUGAUUGUGAAACGAUACGUUCCCUUUUAUGCUUUUCAAGACUCUAAAGUUGCUCCAUCGGUCGUUGAAUGUUUCUCUAAUGUUGGCGUAGGCUGCAUUAAAUAUUCUUGGCACUGCAGACAGCAAAAGUUUCAGGGAAGUUCUUUCCUCAAUGAUCUACUCCUCCGUGAAAGCUGGGUUUGUUUCGACUGCGAAAGGAUUUUCUUUCCGAUUGGCUGAUGGAUGUCAAACAAGUUGUUCCGAUUGGAACAAAAACCUUUGAGUCUCUUUUAGAUGGGCUAGCAUUACUGAAUUUGGACUCGUCACAACCAGAAGAAGUGAGCAGUGCAGCUGGAACCCUCAAAACUCACUCACCUCCAUCAGAGGAAACUACAAAAUCAAAUCAGACUGGUUGCUCUGUUUGCAAAUGCUCUUUCACUGAUCAUGAUAAAUUUCGGCAGCAUUUUAAGGAGGAUUGGCAUCGUUACAAUUUGAAACUAAGUUUGAAAGAAAGAGAUCCAAUCUCUGAAAAGGAGUUUGAAGAAUUUGAAGAUGAUGUCUCUAGUAUCUCUGGCUCGGAAUCAGAAAGCAGUAGCGAUGAUGACUCCAAUGCUAAGUAUGAAAAACUGUCCAAGGAUGCAAGAGUCUUGUUUAAAAAUUCAAACAAUCAGGUUUUAUCACUCUACAGAUGCCUGUUCUCAUCAAGAAAGGAAGAUGUCUCUGAGAAUGAAUCAGUGCUAAGAGCAAAAGCAUUGGUUCAAAAUCCUACUUGCUUAAUCAUGAUGCUUGGAGGAGGGCAUUUUGCAGCCGCACUUUUCAAAGAUGGCGAGCCUAUUCUUCAUAAAACAUUUCAUUCCUACACUGUUCGUCAAAAGCAAGGCAGCUCCCAGAGCUCGAAUGACAAUAAAGGAUCCUUUGCUAAAAGCGCUGGUGCCAGUCUGAGACGUUAUAAUGAAACUAUACUUGCUCAGCAUAUUCAAGAAAUAACUGCAGCUUGGGCCAAAGAAAUUGAUUCCUGUGAUUUUAUAUUUUAUCGGGCUGUUGGACCUGGUAAUAAGAAGGCAUUUUUUGGUGGGAAAAACCCUCCUCUUGAUAAAGCAGACCCUCGUUUACGUACAAUUCCAUUCAACACUAAAAGGGCAACCUUCAAUGAAGUAAAGAGAGUCUACAACUGUUUGAAAUCAGUCUUGGUCUAUGAUUUGGAUGAAGUUUUGUCAGUUGUCUCAAAACCACCAAAUAUCUCUGAAUCAAUGGAACAGAAACAACAGAAACAGGAAGAAAAUUGUGUACCCAACGUAGAUGAAGUAAAAGAAACUCCAAUUGCAAUAGAGAAAGAGUCUAGUAGUUUGAUGUUUUUUGGAAACAAUUGUGUUUUGGCUGAGACGGCUCCAUUAAGUGAAAAUAUACCUGUACGGAGAAAUUUCUUCGAUGAAAUUAACAGCUCAUCAUCUGAAGAAGAACAGCCUGAAGAAGAUAAUGCUGCAGAGAAUGAAGCACCGGAUGAUUCAGGCCAUGAAGCUCCCAAUGUCGUAUUAGUAGGACGGAAGAAGAAGAAGAGGAAAAGAGGGAAGCAGAAAAUGCUCGAUGAAUCGACACCUCCAGGUGUGUAUCUAAAUCGUAUCUUUCUGUCUGCUUUGGAGCAAGAAGAUCAUGUCAUCUUGGAACAAGCGAUAGCUGAAAAUGCAGUCAAUAAAUAUUUGCGGAAAGGCCUUAACAGCUAUAUUGACGCAGAAAAAAAUACCCUGCUUCAUUUUGCUUCCAAAAAAGGAUAUUUUCAUCAUGUUUGGGUUUUAUUAGAGGCUGGCGCUAGUCCUUGCUACAAGAAUAAAGCUGCACGCACUGCAUAUGAUGUUUCCCUGAAUAAAGAUACCCGAGACACUUUCCGGCGAUUUUACGCAGAAUUUCCUGAAAAAUUUGAUUAUACAAAUUCUCACAUCCCUAAGCCAUUAACUGAGGAAUUAGUAAAAGCUCAAAAUGAAAAAAAGAGAGAGAAAAAUCGCAAAAUGAAGCAAAAAAUAAAGGAAAAGAGAGAGAAAGAGAAGGAGGAAGAGGAUAGGCUCAGAUUUCUUCAACUUAGUGACCGCGAGAAGAGAGCCCUUGCUGCAGAAAGGAGAAUCUUAGCGCAGCAAGAAGAAUCAAAGACAACUGCUGCAUUACCAAUCAUUAUCACGCGGUGCUUCCUUUGUGGUUGUGACAUGACUGGCAAAAUCCCAUUUGAGUAUGAUUUUUAUAAAUUCUGUUCCAUGUCCUGUGUCAAAGUUCAUCGAAGCAAAAAACCAGAAGGCUCAUGACAUUAAUACAUAGACUAAUUGCAUCUGCUCAGAGAUUGCUACUUUAUUUUUGUUGUCUGUUUUGGAUAAAAAUGUUUGAAGUCUUUCAACCAAGAUGAAUAAGUCAUAGUUAGUAAAAUGUAUAAAAAUUAUAUUAAGUAAAUAACAGGGGAUAUUUUAUUUAUGUGUAAGAAGAAGACUAGCGUUCAAUGGUAUUUAUGAUUUUUGUGAACAUCUUGAGAAGAUAGUGUAUAGCACUCAGUAUGAUUUGCACCCAUUUCAUUGAUGUUGUGUAAGUUUUUACCACAAUUCAAGGAAAGAUGUAGAGAUGAUCCUUUAAUGUAUGCUCAA